AUGUAUAAAUUUAUGCAGGUUAACGGUGCAAACAAGGUUUCAAAUGCAAGAAACGGUCUUACGCAAAACACCCACAACAAUAAUAGGCCAAGAAGAAGAAUUAGAAAUAGCCUCGGAAACAUCUUCGAACGAUAUCAUAUUACCGUUAAGCCAAAACUUUUAAGAAGCAGCUCAUUAUCUGAUCUUGCAACACAUACUAGUGAUUUUAUAUAUUAUGCAAAGUUAAUUGAUAUUUACAAUCAUGUCAAGGUAUUCCUUGUCGAUAUUCUGGACAAACCGAUCGAGCAAAGUGAUUCUUUACUUUUUGUUUUAGCAUUUGACUUUAUCAAGGAUUCUAAUAAAUUUCUGUCUCAUCGAAAAUAUACAGCGUACCAACAUUGCUCCGGAGAUACUAUUAAAACACAAUACGGAAAAUAUCUGACUGACAAACAAUACAUGUCGUGGAACAUUAAAGGGAAAAAACCGAAGAAGAAGAUAGAUAUGUCUCCAGAACAGGAUUCAAGAGCGACUACUGACGAUUAUGAAGCGGAUCAAAACAUGUCUUCAUACGCGGAUAACUCAAGUGUAUGUAGCACGGAUGAGAUGAAUCUACAAAGACUUGCCGCAUUUCCAUUUAUAUCUACACCAAGUGGAAACCUAAAAGUGCAAUCAAAUCAGGUUGUUUUUCAAUCUUCAACUGUUGGUGUGCUUUUAGCAGAUCCAACUCAAGCUAAGGUUAAAGUAAAAUUUGAGGGAAAAGCGGCUGGAGAACCCGAGAAUAGAAUAGAAAGUCAUUUUAUACACGAAAAAAAUGUAGAAUCACAAGUAAAAUUUACGCCAAAGGAACCGAUGAAUUCGAGAUUAAAAUCCCUUAACGAUCACCAUACAAAAUCUAAAAUACAGACAGUAAGAGAAGAACAAGGCAAAGACUUAGGCAGUUUGGGAUAUGCACUUGCAGAACCUAUUGAUUGGAUGCGCGUCCAGUUGCCAAAAAAACUGGACCUUUUCCAAGAAUUUUAUCGUAGGAUAAUAAACUACAUCAACACUGAUACGAUAGUGCAUAUUGGUGAUGAAGAAUUUCACUGUCAUCAAAUAGUAUUACAAAUUUACUCAGCAUUUUUCGACAUGAACAAUCAUCGUGAAAUAGAGCUACCAAUCUCAAAUGUUUCACCUGAAGCUUUCCAAACUAUAUAUGAAUGGAUGAUUUUUAGUGGUCCUGAAAGCAACAAAGUCCUUAAAAGAGAAAAUAUUUUGGACUUGUUUUGUGCUGCACAAUAUCUUGCCAUUAAAGAUUUGGAAGAUCAAUGUUGGUCAUUCAUAGUACAUGAAAAUCUUUUUACUGAAGACACAGCUUUUGCACUUUACAGAGAAGCUAGAUCAAGAGGAAUGACACCAGUGAUGGAUUUAAUGGUUCCCCGCGUUAUGAGGUUUUUCUUACCUUUAGUUGCUUCAAGAGAUUUUCUUGAGUUGGAACCGGACGAGGUCAUGACAUUUUUGAAGUCUAAUUACAUAUGCGUCACAAGUGAAAUAGAAGUCCUAAUGGCUGGCGUGAGAUGGUUGUAUGGCAAUUGGCCAGCACGUCGUCGGUUAGUCGUGGACAUAAUGCGAUGCAUCCGCUUCGGUCUCAUCUCCCCCUGGCAGUUGGUCGACAUCAAACGGAAUCCUGACAACGCUGAAAUACUCGAGAUUGUCAACGAUCCUGAAGUACAGCAAAUGGUGGACGAUGGACUUGCGUGGAAUCAUGUGACGUACAAAGAUUUCCUAAAUUAUCUUGAACAUUUCAUGGUUCCAAAAGACCAGAUGUAUCAACAAAUGUCGUUGAUGCAACCACCGCGGCGCAACGAUGACUUACCCGGUACUCUGCGAGGGAUGGAAGAUAAAAUGGAAAUGAGGCGGCCGAAGAUGGAUUUUCCUUUGCCUACGACAUUAAAGGGACUUGGUGGAGAUAAAGAUAAAUCGUUUCCGACGAUGAGUGAAUUUUUCGAAAACAGAAGAAAGACGCCGCAACAUUCACAAAUGUACGAACCACCUGAAAAGGACUCUUCAGACAACUUUAACACAACCAAAAGUGGCAGUAGCAGUGAAACUGCCGAAACCAGUUACACUGAAAAGGACAAUGAAACGCUUUUACAAAUAUCCGCAGCCUCACCAACAAUGGUUACUAUUCCUCGAGAGAAGACAACUCCCCCCCUUGUAUCUACUCAGACUCAAUAUAUGAGUAAAGCUACCGAAAAGAGACAGAAUAGCGUAGCUGCUUGUUACUUAGCUGCUGCUACAGCUGCUUUAGCUGAAUCUCGAAGGGAAUCGCAAAUAUCUCCGACGUCAGGAUCUAGACAAAUCACCGUAACGAAUUCACGAUCAGAUCAAUCUCCUCGGACACCGGGCCCGCACUUACAAAAUAACAUCAGCAGCCCCCAGGUGUCGCUCUUCAAUCAGUCUAAAGAGUCACUGGCGAAAGUAAACAUGAAUAAAUUAUCAACUUCAAUCCUCGGACCUACUAAUAAGAGUUACACUGUGGAUGGAUCACUGUUUAAUUGGGACCGGGAAACAGUUCUCGUUUUUGGAGGAAUAAACCCUCAUGCUUCGUAUGGAGUUGGGCGUAAUACAGGAAAAGAUAUUUUUAGAUUUGAUCCACUGACCAAUUCCUGGGAUUACGUGGGUGACCUUCCGGAGCCAAGACACCAUCAUUCCGUGGCGUUCCUAAGAGGAAGGGUUUACCUUGUCGGAGGUGCUGAUCCGCGUGAUGAUGAUACACGUGGAAAGUCAGUCGUCGUGUCAACGGUCUGGAGUUACGAACCCGUGACUCGUUCAUGGUAUAGCGAGUCAGGUCUUGCUGUACCGAGAAAAAAUUUCGGUCUUGUUGUACAUCGAAUGGCCUUGUAUGCUAUUGGUGGACAAGAUAAAAAGGGAAGAGUUCUUCGCUCCGUUGAAAGAUUCGAUCCCAAGGCGGGGUCAUGGAGCGAGGUGCGCUCAAUGAAUGUCGCGCGCAUGGCCAUGGCGUCUGUGAAGUACCGGGACUAUAUCUGGGUAGCUGGCGGCAUGACGGGCGAGAAGAAAAAUCCCGUCUGCAAACUUGUCGAAUGCUAUAAUUCCAAAACAAAUGAAUGGACGGAAAUUUACAGUUUACGGUUUCCAAGAUGUUUUUCAACGUUAUUCGCAAUGAAUGACAAACUAUACAUCAUAGGCGGCGCGGGAAAGAUUUCUGAAAAGGAUAAAACGCCAAGCAGUGUUGGUGCUAUUGAUAUUUGGGACUGGAAGGAGCGGGUAUGGAAACAAGAAACGGAGUUGUCAAUCCCUAGACAUGGCCAUGCUUUAGCUUAUCUCGGAACACAGCUUAUUAUUAUAGGUGGUGUAACAACGAUAUACAUGCGUGCUUUAAGUAACGUCGAGUCAUUCUGUUGCGAAAGAGGAGCAUGGAUACGAGGAGUAGCGACGCUACCUUUACCACUCUCUGGUCACGGUGCCGUCACCUUGCCACCGGCUUCCCUUAUGUGA